AUGAUGAGGAGAAGUAACCCCUGCGAAGAGAACCCAGGACAGAAGCAAUACAGACACUAUAGCAUAGUUGUGCAAGUUAAGAGGAGCCACUCUUCGAAUAUCCAUCAGGUGAACCCCUGCUUUGACUACCCCGGAUUUAGUUUCACCGUCUUAAAAGAAUCACAUCAGGAGAGUAACCAUAGUAGAAUUGGCAUUAUAAAAACUGUAAGGGGAGAAAUAGAAACUCCCAAUUUUCUUUUUUGUGCUACAAAAGGGUGCAUGAAGUCUACUCCAAUAAAUUUUGUGAAGGAUUGUAAAACACAAAUUAUUUUGUCGAACACUUUCCACCUGUUGAUUCAUCCUAAGCCACAUGUCAUUUUUCAGUUGGGAGGGUUGCACAAGUUCAUGAACUGGCAGGGCCCCAUCCUCACCGACUCGGGGGGGUACCAGCUGUUCAGCAUGACAUUUGGCUCGGUUUCGGACGAGAUAAAGAGGAAGUCCAGGGGGGGCGUAGGCGGUCCACACAUAAUCGUGAAAAUCAGUGAGCACGGGGCUCUGUACAAGUCGUACCACGACGGGUCUUUGGACAUGCUGACGCCGGAAAGCUCCAUCCAAGCACAGUACCUCCUGGGGAGCGACUUCGCAGUGGUACUAGACGAAUGCACCCCCUACCACAUAGAGAGGGAAUAUACAGAACGGUCCAUGCACAGGUCGCAUAGGUGGUACAUUAGAUGUCUUCUAGAAUUUCAAAAAGCGAUGACCAUGCCAAAUUACCAUUUCUACCUGAACAACUUGUACAAUAAGAAAUACGGAGUGCAACAUAAAUGGAGAGAAAGGGAACCGAAUAAACAGGCUCUCUAUGGGAUAAUCCAGGGAGGAAUAUACACAGACUUGAGGAUGAAGAGCUGUCAAGUAGUUUGCAAUUUACCUUUUUUUGGCCUCUGCAUUGGGGGGUGCCUAGGGAAGGACAAGCAGAUGAUGUACAGUGUGAUAGAGAACACCAUGCGGUUUGUCAGGCAGGAGGGGGAUGUCUCUGUGGGUCAAGCCAACAAAAUGGGUAGUAUCACUCCUGUUGGUAGAGUUAAACCGGUUCACCUAUUGGGGAUUGGCCAAAUUAAGGACAUAUUUUUCGGAGUGCGACAGGGUAUUGAUACCUUCGAUUGCGUCAUCCCCACGAGGCUGGCAAGACAUGGAUACUACCUAUGCACAGUUAAAACCAUUAAAGAAAUGGAAGCAAAAUUGAGUAAAUGUAUUAAGAAUGAGUAUAUAAAAAUAAAAUUAAGCAUUCACGAGUUGGAUAAUAACCCUCUUGAAUUAGAUUGUCCCUGCUACACGUGUGUGAAUUACUCCAGGGCGUAUUUGCAUCACCUGUACAAAAUUAAUGACAAUUUGUUGGGUACUCUCCUGACUAUACAUAAUGUGUGCUACAUGAACCGGCUCAUGGAGGACAUCCGCGAGGGGAUCAGGUGUGGCUGCUUGGAUGAGGUUGAGAGGAGAUGGGUUCGGUGA